AUGUCUAAAGUAACUAAAAGAAAACAUGUAAUGAAUGAAGCCCUAUGGGAUGAUUAUGAAUUGCCUAAAGAAAAUCAAAGUAUCGUAAAAGUUGUGAAAAGUAAAGGAAACAAUCUUCACGAGAUAACAACACCCUGUGGUGAAGAAUAUUUGGUGUCAAUGCCAACAAAGUUUAGGAAGAAUAUCUGGGUAAAAAGAGGAGACUACAUCUUAGUUGAACCCAUACUCGAAGUUGUGCUAGUGGGUAAUGCGGGUGUUGGCAAGACGUGUUUGGUGCGCCGUUUUACGCAAGGUCUCUUUCCCCCGGGACAAGGCGCGACUAUUGGUGUGGAUUUUAUGAUUAAGACCGUUGAGGUGGAUGGCGAGAAAGUGAAGCUGCAAAUAUGGGAUACAGCUGGACAGGAAAGAUUUCGGUCAAUUACUCAAAGUUAUUACAGAUCAGCACAUGCACUUAUUCUGGUGUAUGACAUAUCUUGCCAACCAACAUUUGAUUGCUUGCCUGACUGGCUGCGUGAGAUUGAGGAGUAUGCUAAUGUUAAGGUGCUGAGAAUAUUAGUGGGUAAUAAAACUGACAGAGAAGACAGAGAAAUCCCAAGGCAUAUUGGUGAGGACUUUGCACAGAGGCAUGGUAUGUACUUCCUUGAGACAUCGGCAAAAGAGGCAGAAAAUGUGGAGAGGCUGUUCAUGGAAAUAGCAGUUGAAUUGAUGGAGCAAGCAAAAUGCAAGGAGCUCCCCAAAUAUGACGGCAGCCUCGGUUCCAUAAAUGGAAAGACUACAUCGGUGGGCGACAGUUCUUGUUGUCUCCGUUCU